AUGUCACAAGAAAACAUUUCAGACACUGCUCCAGUGGAGGGUGAGACUGAUCUUACAUUCGGCCUCGAACUCGAAUUCAUCUUAGCUACAGUGGAUGAAGGUAAGCCUGAUCCCCAUCCCAAAGAUCCUCGCGAGGUAGAUGGUAAGAAGCUCAGUAGCACGUUUGUGAUCGACCAAGAAAUCGGUAAGAAAUUAAGAGCUGUUGGUAUCCCAGCAAUUGUUGAGGAGGAAAAGCCCACGAAAGAGGAAUACAAGACGUGCUGGGUCAUGAAAAGCGACAUCACCGUUGGCGAUGACGAGGACGGGCCCGGCAAGGUGACUCAAGAGUGGAACGAGCUCUACACGAAAAAUGGCAUGGAGAUAUCUUCUCCUCCGUACUACUACACUAAGCCGGCGAAAGAUGCGAUCACUAAGGUGUUAAAAACGAUAAGGGAAAAUUACAGAGUAUGUGUUGAUGGUACUGCGGGCUUACAUGUUCAUGUAGGUAACUCGUACAAUGGUCUUCAAUUUCCAAUCCUUAAGCACCUUUUGGCAAUUGCGCAUACAUAUGAGCCACUAUUAAUGUUAAUUUUUCCAUCGGAGCGUGUAUCGGACAAUCCCUGGUGUCCUCCUCUUUUCAAUUCUCGUCUUACCAAAAAGCACCCUGACCUCACACGAGCUGAGGUUCUUGAGAAUAUCCUAGGAUAUACUGACAACGAAUCGUUGCUCUACGAUUUUGGUGAGUCAUUGGGUUCAGGUCGCCUUGGGUUCAACUUAGUAGGUCUAGCGACUCCUUACAAAAAUGAACAACGCACCAUCGAAUUUCGACACCAUCAUGGCUCUCUUGAUCCUGAAGCUAUUCUCAACUGGAUACAUGUGUGUAUAAAGUUAGUAGAAAAGGCCUGUUUUGCCAAAAGUGAUGAAUUGUCCACGCAAUUGCGACAAGAUAUCGCAAAGCCGAUCGGAUUUGAUGAAGGAGAUCUUAGUACGAUUGACUUCUUCAUGUGGCUCGGCUGCCCAGCUCAAGCCUAUUACUAUUGUGCCAACAUGGUAACUGACAAAGAUGCACUUAAACAGAGGAUCGAAUAUGAUGCGACAUGCCGUGAACACUUCCUCAAGUGGGCUCGCCAUCGUCUUCAAGUCGAGGCAGAGGAUUCUGGGGAGGACGAGGGACAGGAUAGCUCCAAAGAAUCAGAGCCAACUACAAGUAACUCUGAAUCCACAGAUGAGAAUGAAGCUGACCAAGACGAAGGCAAUGAUGAGAGCGGCGAUAGUGGCGAAAAUCCAUCCAAUUCAAACGAAGAUGAUUCAUGA